AUGGUGCGCCUGGCUGGACGCAGCCGGCAGAAUGUGCAGAUGCAUGAGGGCCAGAACCUGGCGUUCCUGGCGGCCGGCAACUUCCUGCGGGGGCUGGGCAUCGACAGCCAGGCGGAGGUGAACCGGGUGCUGGAUGUCGCCAUGAACCCCAACAGCCUCUACGCUGCCCGCAACAGGAAGCAGCCAGCCAACCCGCACGCCCGCAAGCUGGAUGUGGAGGCGGACCUCAGGCCGGUGGUGGAGUUCCUGCAGGCAGCCGGCCUGAGCCAGGAGCAGGCCAUCCUCGUGCACCCAGCGCUGCUGUCGUACCGCGUCCAGGAGCGGCUGCAGCCGUUCUUCGAGUAUCUCACAGGGGAGCUGGGGCUGAGCCCGCAGGAGGCGGCCAGCGUGGUGCAGCGGCGGCCCAGCAUCGUGGGGGUGGAGGUGGACGGCCUGCGGCGCAUGGUGGCCUUUCUGCUGGAGAGCGGCAACACCAAGGAGCAGGUUGUGGAGCUGAUGGCCACCUCGCUCUGA